UUCAUGUAUUUCGUAUACAGUAUGAUUCGCACGCGAGAGUCGUACGGACCAUCGUUCGGUUGUCGUAAGUCUAGCCGACGUGUACCUACCUAUAACUUCGUUUUUGCUCUGCUUCAAUGAAUGAUAUACCUUAGCCGAUCAGUUUUCAAGAAUCAUGGAUACGAAAAUUAAAGAAAAGUUAAAGUGCAUAAAUAGCUUAUAUUAUCGAAAAUUUCAACAAGAAUAAUUACAAACAAGUCAAUCGAAAUAUUUAAAAUUAUUUCAGUUAACGUUUAAGAUAUAAAAUAAUCAAGAAGAUAAGUGACCUUGGUUUCUGAACAUAGUUAGAUAUGUUUGGUUUACAAUAAACAACUAUGAAUUAACCAACUCAAACAUACAUAUAAAAAUUAAAAUAUGAUGACAAAUGGUCAGCCAACAGACUAAACGAAUUACAAUUUUCUAAUGUCGACUGAUGCGAGGAUAUUCGAUAUGAUAGAAAUCGUUUGUGUAGAAAUGGAGAAAUCUAUUGCAAAAUUAAAUGGAUAAAAUAGGAAAGACGGCUAAAUACACUGCUGUAGAGACAAAAAUAAAAUAAUUCAUUUUAACUGAAAAAAAUAUAAGUUGCUCUUAACACACAGCGGCGAUGUCACUACAGAAUGAAAUAUACGACGACGGUGGUGGCAAAGGUAGCCAGUUAAAUUUAACAGCGGGAAAUACGUGGGACAAUGACUUCAUAAUGCCCAAACGAGAUCCUCUGUACAUAGUCGUACCGAUGACGAUCAUGUACUCAGUAAUAUUUGUGACAGGUGUCAUAGGAAACACGAUCACUUGCAUGGUGAUCGCCAAACACAAAUACAUGCACACAGCCACCAAUUACUAUUUGUUUAGUUUGGCAAUGUCCGAUCUCAUACUACUGGUAUCCGGAUUACCGCAGGAAAUGUGGUCCAUUUGGUCCAGGUAUCCGUACGUAUUUGGGGAAAUAUUUUGUCAACUCAGAGGUCUGUUUUCUGAAAUGUCUGCCAAUGCUACCGUACUUACCAUAACAGCGUUCACGGCUGAGCGGUAUGUAGCUAUUUGCCAUCCAUUCAUGGCGCAAAGCAUGUCAAAACUUUCCAGAGCCGUAAAACUUAUCAUCAUCAUAUGGCUGGUCGCUGUGUUGUUUGCUAUACCUCAGGCAUUGCAAUUCACCGUCUCGUCGUGGGACGGUUCGUCAGAACUGAUGCAGUGCAAUAUUCGAAGUAUAUUGCUAAUGAACACGGGCAUAGAACUGUCUACCGUAUCAUUCACAUUGUCCACGCUGCUGUUUUUCUUGCUGCCAAUGACAUUGAUUACUGUACUUUAUGCACUUAUCGGACUUCGCCUCCGGCGCUCUGAUAAACUGAAGCGCACCAUCACAGUACGAUCGACCCACGGUGAGAAAAAAAUGUCGUCACCAGAGUACAGGGCCAACUCGUCACCGAAAGUCCUUAAAAUGCUCGUUGCUGUCGUAGUGGCGUUUUUCAUCUGCUGGGCCCCGUUUCAUGCGCAAAGGCUAAUCGCCAUAUUCGGGUUCAGUCACGCAUCGUCCGGUAACUUGGACGAGAAGGAUAUACCGUUUCUACAUCAGCUGUACGGUAUUUCCACUUACAUCUCUGGCGUUCUCUAUUAUGUAUCCACCACCAUCAAUCCAAUAUUGUACCAUAUCAUGUCAUUGAAAUUCCGAGGAGCUUUUAAGGAAACGGUGUUACGGUGUUGUGGCGGCGACAGCGGUUGCGGCGGCGACGGAUGGCCCGGAAAAGGCAAACAGCAGCGUCCGUCGCGUUGGGCGCGGAGGAGGAGGCUUCACAGCGACUCGUCUGAACCGGCCACCGACGACCGCCGACCCAAGUACAGACGGGUGUCCGGACGGACGACGUCGUCCAUCGACUUGCCCGUCACCGUCACCGCCGACGACGACGACGUCGACAACGAAGUUUGCGGCGGGGGCAGCCCCGGCUCCGACUGUUGGCGGCGGCGGCGGUCGCUGACUGGGUUGUCGGCAACCGGAAGUGCCGAGCGACGACACGACAGCAGCUGCAGCAACAGCGCCGGAAGUAGCGGAGGGAAUUGCGACGAGUGCAGCUCUGCCACGUCGGACGGUCCGGCCGACGCCCGUGGACGGGGUCCGGAAAAAGCGCCGCCGGCGAUAGCACUUAGCAACUGGACAAUGAUCAGCAACAGCAGCCUCAAGGACGUGGAUAGCGACGGUCUGCGCGACGAGCUCGUCGGUUACGCGACCACGGCCGGCGAGACCAAGUAUUAUUAAGGGGCGAUAUAGCUGGGUUUGUACCCCGCAAGCGGAGUAGGUACGAUUUUACGCGUACCGAGAAUAUUGUCAUGUUAUAUUUUUAAACGACUGGCAACGGUCGUCGGGGCGAGUGCAAUAGUUUUUGACAAAAAACUUAACAUUCCGUUUGGGCUAUAGUGGAAUUAUUUUUACCCUCGUGAACGAUAUUUUCCGUGGAGUAGGUAUGGAUGACGUAAUAUAAUAUGAUGUACGCGUAAUUUUAUUUUAUUAAUUUCUUAAUGUGCAUACGUUUCUAGAUUAAAACAUUAUAAUACCGAUAUCUUUUUAAUGUUAGAAUAUUCCUUAUUGAUUGUAUACAUUUUUCAUCGUAUGUGAUUUUAUUUUUUUCCAAUUAAAACUGUACAUUUGCUAUAUUAUAAUACAGUAAAAACAAAUUAUUACCUAUAUAAACCUACUCAUACUAAUUCGCCCAAACGGUAUUUUUUAUGGAAUAAAAACUCAUCUAGACGAUACAAGUAACUGUUCGCCCAAAUGGUCUAUGCCCAUUUAUAGCUCGCGUUUCGCGUUUGUUUGUGUGUGUAAUAACUUGUGCAUGAAAAAGAUAUUAUCUAUCCGAUAGCUGAAGAUACAUUAUUUUUUCCUAACAUCAGUCAUCAAUAGGUUUUUUCCCCUUAUAAUGAUUGUACAAACAAAAUUAUAAUGCAUCAUUCAUGUCAUUAUAGUGUUGUA